GAGCAGCACAACGAAAUGAAGGAGGCCGAUUUGGAGAAUCAGUAUGCCAGUUUUCCGGGAAUCCAGCGAUCGGAAGUGCUGAAGUUCUUGGACUGGAUCCACGCCCAGCCGCACAUCUCGGAUAGAUUUUCGGAGGGCGAGGCCUUGCAUUUCUUCCACGCCUGCCGCUACAGCAUGGAGGUGGCCAAGCAGGUCCUGGACACCAACCUCACGGCCCGCACCCACCUGGUGGAGUUCUUCGAGAACCUCGACUGCGAGCGACCUGAAAUCAGGCGAGCCAUGCGAACUGUUUCUAUUGUUCCUCUGCCAGGAUCCACACCCGAAGGAUAUAGGGUAAUUCUCGCUAAAAUUGAUGACCUGAAUACCUCCAACUAUAACUUUGCCGAUGUUAUGAAACUAUAUUGUAUGAUAUUCGACUUCUGGAUGUAUGAAGAUGGAAUUCAGCCAGGACACGUGAUAGUUAUCGACCUGAAAAACACUUCCUUGGGACAUGUAGCCCGGAUUGGCCUCUUGCAAAUGAAGAAGUUUUUAUAUUACCUGCAGGAAGCUGCUGCUAUCAGGCUGAUCGGUUUUCACUUUAUAAACAUUGUACCUUUCAUGGACAAGAUCCUGGCGCUCAUGACUCCGUUUAUGAAAAAGGAACUGACCACUGUACUGCAUGUGCACAGCGACAUGAAGGAGUUCUACAAAUUUGUGCCCAAGGAAAUGCUUCCCAAGGAAUACGGCGGGCAAGUCGAAGAGACAAACAUUGCCAAAGAAAUUUACUAUAAAAAGUUGCUGGACAAUCGGAAGGAAAUGCUUGAGUUUGAGACCCGCCAUCAGGUCAACGAAAAAUGUCGUCCCGGCAAACCUAAAAAUGCUUCCGACCUCUUUGGUAUCGAGGGAAACUUCAAGAAGCUGGACAUUGAUUGAGCCCGUGGUUCUACUUUGCAACUUUAGACAAAUUGUUUUAUUUACGGGUGUUUGAUGACGAAUUAAAGUUAAGAGUUACUUUUAA